AUGAAGCGACCACUGAGUCCCUCUCCCCUGGCUGAGACGGAGCCCCCCACAUCUGGAGCUGCAGAGAACUCCCCGGAACCCCCAGAGCCCAAGGCUAAGCGGGAGCGGAAGCGGCCUUCGUUCACGCUGUGCGACGUGUGCAAUAUCCAGCUCAACUCAGCGGCGCAGGCUCAGGUGCACUGCGGGGGCCGGGCGCACCAGCGGCGGCUGCGGCAGCUCAGCCUGGGCAAGUCCCCCGCGGGGCCAGCAGGCCCAGCCUCCAAUGCACCCAGUCCCCUGCUGGCCUCCCUGUCCCUGCCCGCUCGGCCUCUGCAGCCCCCGCUGGACUUCAAGCACUUGCUCGCCUUCCACCUCAAUGGCAGCGCCCCACUCAGUCUCUUCCCCAACUUCAGCACGAUGGACCCAGUCCAGAAAGCCGUCAUCAGUCACACAUUUGGGGUCCCAUCCCCCCUGAAGAAGAAGCUCUUCAUCUCUUGCAACAUCUGUCACCUGAGGUUCAACUCUGCGAACCAGGCAGAAGCUCAUUAUAAAGGCCACAAACAUGCCCGCAAACUCAAAGCCGCAGAAGCUGCCAAGAACAAGCAGAAACUGCCAAACCUGGCCCAGGAUGGGGUGCCAGGCUCCCCAACCCCGGUUCCCACUAGCCGAGCCCCUGAAGAGUCGCAGAGCAAAGCUCCUGCCGCGCCCCCUGCUGGUUCCCCACUGCAGCCGCCGCUGACUCCAGAAUCGGCUCCCAGGGAGCCCACCCAGCCAGACCUCCUGGACGCUGCCUCCUCUUCCUCUUCCUCCUCCUGUCCUCCCUGCUCCCCAGAGCCUGGGACGGAGGAGGAUCCUGCAGGAGUCCCCGUGGGGAGCGGGGACAGCACGGGCAAAAAGGGGCGCCUCUAUUGCUCGACGUGUAAGGUGACUGUGAACUCUGCCUCCCAGCUUCAGGCUCACAACACAGGAGCCAGACACCGGUGGAUGGUGGAAGGCCAGCAGGGAGCUCCCCGGAGGAGCCGGGGCCGCCCAGUAUCCCGCGGUGGGGCUGGACACAAGACCAGGAGAACCGCAGGGGGCCGGGGAGGCCGGCAGGGACCCAGCCCCCCCUUUCACUGUGCUCUCUGUCAGCUCCAGGUCAAUUCCGAGACCCAGCUCAAGCAGCACUUGAGCAGCAGAAGGCACAAAGACCGCCUGGCCGGGAAGCCUUCCAAGGCCUGCAGCCAGCACAGCAAACUACAGAAGCAAGCAGCGCUGGCUGUGAGUAUCCUCAAGUCGAAACUGGCCUUGCAGAAGCAGCUGACCAAGACGCUGGCUGCCCGCCUCCUGCCCAGCCCGCUCCCUGCCACUGCAGCCCUCUGUGCUCUGCCCGGGCCCCUGGCCCUGCGACCUGCCCCUGCGGCAGCCACCACACUCUUCCCAACACCCAUCCUGGGCCCAGCUCUGUUCCGUGCGCCUGUGGGAGCUGUCCGCCCAGCUGGACCCAUCCUCUUUGCCCCCUAUUAGCCUCUUGAGGAGGCCGGGGCUGACUUCUCGGUGGGCUCCAGUAUUACACAGGGCCUGGCUGCCUCCAACCCGUUUAAGAAGAGCUGGACUGGACCACAGGGCAGCUUG